AUGGCCCGUACAGUUUCUAUGACUCCGGGCCUGGCCAGCUUCCUUAGGUCGCUCAAAAACGACCCGGUAGAAGCAUCAAUAGAGCACCUCAUUUCACUCCUCAAGCGACGUCAAAUCCACAAUUCCCGCCCUUGCGCCAUCGCAACCACCCAAUUGCUUCUCCAGGUGGUCGCCGAAUUCAAGGGAAAAGACAGCGACAUACUCAUCUCCCGCGUUCGACAUGUCGGGCAGAAACUCAUCACUGCGCAGCCGCGGGAAAUGGCGGUGGGCAAUAUCGUGCGUCGGGUGCUGGCCUUGAUCCGGGAAGUCAUCGAGGGCGACGAAGUCACGGAAGGGUCGCCAAUCAGCGAGUCUCCCUCGAGCAUACAACCGUUGUCAACGCCUCGUGAGCCUUCUCACCAUCCCGGUCUGCCUUCGAGCAUCUCCACAUCCAGUCCACUCGAUCAUUCAGGAGCUGGCCAUCCGAUCGAUUCCUCGCCUCAUCCCUCCGAGAGCAGCUCCGAAGCGAUUAGUUCCGUCCAUCGACCCGUUCUCACUGCCUCCCACACAUCGUACUCUACCGCCGCUCCCCUAGCGACCUCCCUCUUCGGCCUCUUCUCGCGCCCAGAGACUCCCUCUCCGGCGUCUACACCCCGGGGUUUCCAGUCACCUCGACAUGGAGACAAUCCGCCCGUGCCCAUCCACCAAUUGAAAGGCCUGACGAUCACCGACUUGCCCAAGCCGGUGCCCGAUGAUUUCAAGGCCGACGUUCUGGACGGAAUUCGCGAGAUACUCGACGAACUGGAUCAGGUCGACGACCAGAUUGCGAGCUAUGCCCUGGACCACAUCCACUCGAACGAAAUCAUACUGACGCAUAGCUCGUCGACGACGGUGCAAAAGUUUCUGCUGACGGCGGCGAAGAAGCGGAAGUUCACCGUUCUCCACGUCGAGUCAUUCCCCAAUGACCACAAGAACACGAGAGCGACGAUGGUCACGGGUCGGAAGAAUCAGGGACAGGCCGAGGAAGAAGAGGAUGUUGAUGAUCGAUUCAGCCCAUUGACGGCAGCGGGGAUCACCGUCGUGCUGAUUCCCGACUCCGCGGUUUUCGCCAUCAUGUCCCGGGUCAACAAGGUCAUUUUGGCGACACAUUCGGUCCUGGCGAACGGUGGACUCCUCGCAGCUGCGGGGGCUCACGCCAUUACCAAGGCUGCAAAGAUGCACCAGACGCCCGUCGUCGUUUUGAGCGGGGUCUACAAGCUUAGUCCCGUCUAUGCAUUGGACUUGGACGAACUGAUCGAAUACGGUGAUCCUGGCAAGGUCGUGAACUACGAUGACGGGGAGUUUGUGGAGAACGUAGACGUGGUCAAUCCGUUGUAUGAUCAUGUUCCACCGGACCUGGUGGACAUAUACAUCACCAACCUAGGACCUCACGCCCCGUCAUACCUUUACCGGAUAGUACAGGAUCACUAUCGAAAGGAGGAUAUCACCAUCUGA